GUAUAGUCCUUCUGCAAGCUGUGUUGUUGUCAGUGUUCAGCCAACUGUUUCAGGUAUUGGGCAUAUGUGGAGUGUAUCUAGUCUCUUCUGACUGCCCCUCCCAUAGAGCUUAUUGCAGAAGGUUGAGGUACGUGGUCCCCAUCCGGUCCCUGUGGUUUUUCUGUCCCAGAUACAGUUCUCUUUCUAUGAAACAGAAAGGAAGGCACAUAUCCUUGUGGAUUAUCUUACAGAUGUUACUGAUUUCUUUAUAUAGGGGAGAGGUCCAGAAUUCUGUGUAUGUGUGGAUGGAGACGGGAAGGAGAUCAUCCUGGUGGAUUAUUUUUACAGAUACAGAUUUCUGUGUCUCUCUGAAGCCCCGACCUCCUGAUGAUUUAGUCCCAGCAAUUCAGUUUUUUUUUUAAGCCUUUGUGGAUGUUUCAUUUCCAAGAGUCUCUGUCUGGGUUGUAAAUUUCUUCCUUUUUUCUUUAGAAGGGAUAUCCUAUGCUAUUGUCUCCCUUUGUCUGGUGAGCUUCCCCUAGCCUAUGAUCCGUCCAGGUCCAUCAUUGUAGCUCACAGCAGCAUCAUUUUAUAAUUUCCAUGGUGGUCUUUUAUGGCUCCAUAAUAGUCCAUUGUAUACAUGUACCUCAACUGGUUAAAACUUUAAUUGGUCAGUGAAGAUUUUGGUUGCUCUGUGUCUUGGCUUACAUAGGUCCUCUUACAGUGAUCCAUGGGGUGCAUGUGCCUUUUGGAACAAUGCUUUUGACCGCAUAUACGCCCAGAUGUGACAUCAGAUCUCAGGCAUAGCCUUUCAUACUGAUUUAGUCUGGCAUUUGGUGCCUGUUCAUUACACUGGUUUUUGCCAUUGUACAUCGUUGCAAAUUGUAUUGGGAGAUUCCAGUUCCACCGGGGUAUUUUCCCCAUUUAUGGCCUGCAGCUGUAUGAGGAUGGCCAUUCUGAGCACCGGGGUUUGCACUCUGUCGCUGUUUUGACUGGCAUGCCUGUCACAGUUAGGGAUGCUGAGCGUCCUCUCUUAGGGUGCAGGUUUGUGGAUAUUUUUCUUUUGUCUCCUCAAAGGUUGUGAGGCUAAGUGACCUGUGGUAACUGGCCUCUUGAAAGUCCCUUGUGUUGGGAAUUUGUCCCUUCAAAAUCUGCCCCAGGACAUUUUGUGAAGGCAGCUGUGUCUAAGAGGCCCCUGGCCUUGUGAAUUCGAGGUGCAAGUAAGGAGCGGUGGUCACGUCAUGUUGUAGUUACAGGAAGUGUCCACAAGACGGCAGCACUUUCUCCUGCCCACCUGUGGUUCCUCAGGCAAACAGAGCCUCCGGGCAGGUCGGCUUGAAGGGUUGUCUCACUGCUGCUUUCCCCUAAAGCCUCACAGCCCCUCCCUUCUGGACCAGUCCAAACCAAGGCCGCAGAACCUUUCUGAAGCUGAGGUUGGGAGGCGGCCAGGCCUUUGCCGGCCUCUCAGCGAAGCCACCGCUGCCUCUAUCCGGUCCUGCUGCUGGGCACCCUCAUCGGCCCCCCGCCUGCCCACCGCCCACCAUGUCAGAGGAGACCCAGGAAGACACCGCGGCCCUGAUGAGGAGCAGGGCGCCGCUGGCUCCCAACCACGUGGAGGAGGUGCGCCUCCACCAGGUGGAGUCCAUCAGCGACCUUCACAACGGCGGUCCGCUGUGCCCCUACCUGGCCGAGGAGGGGCAGCCGUGGGGCGAGCUGCUGGGCGUGCUGCCGCCCUCACUGUGCGCCCAGGCCGGCUGCGGCCCGGUGCACAGCCGCGGGGCCUUCCUGCUGCUGCUCGCGCUGCUGGUCCUCACCUGCCUGGCGCUGGCCGUGCUGGCCGUCUACCUGAGUGGUAGGGAGGGCGUCGGGAGCCAGCCGAAGGGGGAGACCGAGGCAGUGCGGAGCUGGGAGGGCAGGGGUUGCGGGGUGGCUGAUCCCCAUUCCUCCGGCAGUGCUGCAGAGCGAGUCCCUCCGCGUGCUGGCGCACACGCUGCGAACCCGGGAGGAGGUGCUGCUCAAACUCCGGCUCGCCAGCCUCAGCCAGCUGCGGAGGCUCAACUCCAGUGAGGCCCGAGCACCCGGCUGAGAUGCCGCUCGGACCCGGGGCCUGGGGGUGUGUGCCGGGGAAUAAAGUGGCCGUUGGCAGCUUUCUCCUCUCCCACUGCUGCUCCUCACGACUUCCUGGGUGUGGUUUUGGCGUGAGAUUUGAUCUGACCCCACAGCUGCCCGCCUCUCGUGCCUUCUCCGGCCAGGCCAGGCCUUCUGAGGCCGAGGCUCCGCCUGGUGUGGCCCAAGGUCAGAGGAAGCCACACCAGCCUCCUGGCUCCUCUUGGGGCCUGGCAGCACCCACUGGCCUCCUCCAGAUGGUGGGU